AAGCUAAAAUUCCAAAUUAUGUUUUUACCUUUCAGUGGAAAUCCGUGCCUUCGGCGUUUCCUGAAGCACUGCCUGAUCCUGAUGGCCUUCUGCCUGGCCUGUUUUCUCUCUGGAGAUCGUGCAGCUCCUUUCAUGGGCCGCCCUGAUGUGCCACCCAAUCAGAACCUGACCGAGGAGCUGGUCCAGCAGGCAUCCAACUGCACCAUUGAGCGACAGAGCGGCGAUCUGCGGUACCUGAAUAUCUGCUGCCGCAUGAGGCAGCAAGGCCUUGUGCCCCCUGCCCACAAAUUCAAUAUGAUCUUCAUGCUGCCGACCCUCCCGAAGCAUUUGCGCCGCCAAUGGAACCUCCAAGUGCCCAUGGACUCGAUAGUGGGGCUCGAGGAGCUAACAGCAAAAGAAGAAAAAUAGCCCAAGAAUUGACAUUUUAUAGCAAAUAAAUAGCAGAGAAUCGGUAGUACAGUCUACCCUCAGACCUCA